CAAAUCUGACCCAACAAAAAAUUAAACCAAAAAAAAAAAAAAAAAAAAAAUUGCAACGGUCGAAUUUUAAAUUUGUAAUUUGUAAUUCUAAUUUCUCACUCUGGAGAGAGAGAGAGAGAGAUGGGGCGGCGGAGGAGGGUGCGAAGAGAGGCCUCAGAAACCCUAAUUGGGAAAGAAGGGGAAGAGGGAGAUGAUGGAGGUGAGAAAGAGAGAAAAGGGGGUUUUUAUGGAUGCUAUCUAUUGGUGUCUCUCAGCCCACGCCACAAAGGUCACACCUACAUCGGAUUCACAGUGAAUCCACGGCGUCGUAUCAGGCAGCACAACGGUGAAAUAGGGUGCGGUGCAUGGAGGACUAAGAAGAGACGCCCUUGGGAAAUGGUCUUAUGCAUUUACGGUUUCCCAACCAACGUUUCCGCUCUCCAGUUUGAGUGGGCUUGGCAGCACCCAACUGAAUCGCUGGCGGUGAGGAGUGCAGCUGCAAGCUUUAAAUCACUAUCUGGAAUUGCCAAUAAGAUCAAACUUGCAUACACCAUGCUUACCCUCCCAUCAUGGCAGAGCAUGGACCUCACUAUAAACUUUUUUUCAACUAAGUACAAAAUACAUUCUGCUGGCUGUCCAAGCUUGCCAAAACAUAUGAAGGUCAGAGUUUGCCCCAUGGAUGAUCUUCCAUGCUAUGGUGAAGGAGUUGAAAGUUUCUCAGAAAAAGAAGAUGAUCUGGAUAACAAAGAAUGUGAUGAAGCAAGCAGUUCUAGUAAAUUUUCUGAAGAAAGGUCAUCAGAUUCUAUCAUUAAUAACAAUUCCGUAGAUCAUCACAGUGUUAUUGGCAACAUGACUACAGAAUAUGGAUCGAUUGAUGAGAGAGAAGAUUGUAGAGAGCAUCCCACUUUUACUGCAUUUCCAGUGAGAUCAUCUUCAAAUAUUAGUAGCUCAUCUGUUAUAGAAGUUGCUGAAGAUAGAAGCAUAUCUGGAUUGAUUAAAGACAGCAGCAGCAACGUUGAAGUGGAUCGAUCUGGAAGGCACCAAAUUGCUGCUGAUAAUAGUCAAUUACCAAGCAGUGUCCAUAUCGUACCUUGUGAUGUUGAGAUAAUAGAUAUCACGACGCCAUCUCCCUUAUGCAGAACUACAUCGUUUGGCAAGAGGAGAAGAGUUUCUACUACCUUUCCUGAGAUCAUCGACUUGACUAAAUCGCCCACUUUUGUCCAAUUAUAGAACGUUGGACAGAUAUUGUAACAGCAGUAUUUUACUGGGAACAAGUAAAGAAAAAAUGCUUUAUUUUUCGUUGUAAAUUUUAAUUUAAGGAAAGCAAGAAUAAUUUGUGUGUA